UAGAACUGAAAAAGUGUAUAAAAAUAGCAGCCAUCAAUCGAAAGCGUAUCACAUGCUGCCGUUGGUUUCCGUUGCUAAGAGCAGUUAAGCAAAUCAGAAAAGACGUUCAUUGGAAAGAUGUUAGCAAAAUUGACCGUACUCGUUUGUCUGGCUGUGACCGCUGCUAGCGGUGAAACCAAAACCAUACUGUUGACUCCAAUUUCGCCUAUCAGUUACACUACUGGAUACCAUCCAAACGCGGCAGUAGCAACGGCUACUCCGUUGGCCUACAGCUACCCAUCCGGGGCGGUCGCUUACCACACCUACAGCAGUCCGCAUCUGGUUGCAGGGCAUACCACACUUACGGCUGCUCCCGUCGCCUAUGCAGCUCCCACCACCUAUACGGUGGCCACUCAAGGUAGUGUCAAAACCUUGGAUGGGACUGGAGCAACGGUUCCUGCAAUUCGAUCCACCCUUGCCGUUCCAACUCUGUUCUAAGUGCAAUCAGCCUGAUUGACAUGAAAUGGACCAAAUAAAAAUGACGAA